UUCUUCUCACUUGACGCCAGCUCGUCCGCGUCGCUGCCGCCCCGCGCUCCUCCCUCAGUAACUCCGCGGUGAACGUGUGUGUGUGUGUCUGCCUCCACCUGCGGCCGCUGCCUACAACAGGCUGAGCGAGACUGAUUAUGGGCAAACGCUCAGUCCUGCAGGCAACUGAAUCUCCACCGGCCCUGCGGUGACUCCCGAUCCAAGACCAGCAUCAAACCAGCGGAGACGAAGCACACAGGCUCCAGCAAUGGGAGGACAGAGAUCUCCUGCACCACCUCACCCUAGAUGCCGCCGAGCAGUCGGUCCAACGUCGUCUCGCGGCCGAGAUGCCGCCGCCGCCUGCUAACUGGCCGGCAAAUGUUUGUCCAAACCGUUCGCCUGAAGGAGCUUUGAAAGAAGGAAGACGUUGACUGCGAGCGCUUCACGCGGUCGGGCCUGUGGUCAUGGGGAAGGAACAGGAUCUGCUGGUGGCGGUGAAGACCGGAGAUCUGCUGCUGGCCCACAAGCUCCUCUCCAAAGUCAAGUGCAACAAAACCAAGUUAUUGGGCUCCACCAAGAGACUCAACAUCAACUACCAGGACUCGGACGGCUUCUCGGCGCUGCACCACGCCGCUCUGACGGGCACCACGGAGCUGCUGUGUCUGCUGCUGGAGGCCCAGGCCACGGUGGAUAUCAAGGACAUCAAUGGCAUGCGGCCGCUCCACUACGCAGCCUGGCAGGGCAAAGCCGACUCCGUCUUACUGCUGCUGAGAGCCGGCGCUUCGGUCAACUCCACCUCCAACGACGGGCAGAUGCCGCUGCAUCUCUCUGCUCAGUACGGACACCACGAGGUGUCUGAGAUGUUGCUGCAGCACCAGUCUAAUCCCUGCCUGAUGAACAAGGGGAAGAAGACUCCUCUGGAUCUGGCCUGCGAGUUCGGGAGGCUGAAGGUGGCUCAGCUGCUGCUCAGCAGUAACAUGGUGGCAGCCCUCUUGGAGGGGGAGGGAGGGCACGACAUCAUGGACUCUCCGUCCACCACUCCCCUCCACCUGGCAGCCAGGAAUGGACACAAAGACGUGAUCAAGUUGCUGCUCAAAGCCGGCAUCGACAUCAACAGAGGCACCAAAGCCGGGACGUGUCUGCACGAGGCCGCCCUCUACGGCAAAACGGAGGUGGUGCGGCUGCUGCUCGACGCGGGCAUCAACGUGAACGUCCGCAACACGUACAACCAGACGGCUUUGGAUAUGGUGAACCAGUUCACCACCUCCACGGCCAGCAGGGAGAUCAAGCAGUUGCUGAGAGAGGCGUCGUGCUCGCUGCAGGUCAGAGCGGUGAAGGACUACUGGAACCUCCACGACCCCACCGCCCUCAACCUGCGGGCCGGAGACGUCGUCAUGGUCCUGGAGCAGCUCUCGGAAGGCCGCUGGAAAGGUCACAUCCACGACAGCCAGCGGGGGACGGACCGGGUGGGCUUCUUCCCGCCCUCAGUGGUGGAGGUGCUGAGCAGACGAGCAGGGGCCACUCUCUGCCGGCAGGCGUCAGGGCCCCGCCAGCCACCACACCUGACCUCCAGGCCUCCGCCCUGCAGCCGUGGCUCCACCCCCCAGACUGAUGACUCAUUCAGUCUGGCUUGUGAUCCCGCAGGUGCUCCACCUGACAGUCAGCUGUCUGCCCCAGCUAGUCCUGCUAGCCCUGCUCAGGACAUUUGGGUCCUCAGGAGCCGUCCCUGCGGUGACAGAAACAGCGUGGGCAGCGGCGGCAGCGUGGGCAGCAGCCGCAGCGCCGGCAGCGGCCAGAGCUCGGAGAGCGGCCACAGGCAGAACGGGAUUCAAACCCGCCACACCGCUGACGCCAGCAAGCCGCCUCCCUCUGCUGGUGAAUCGGGAGAACUGCGCCUCAACGCCGGCGCCGAGCACCACCGACCGGCGGAGCGCUACACAGGUGGUUCUUGUCGGCAGGUGAACGGCACUCCUCAGAAAGGCUUCGUGAGGCCGCAGGAGCUUCUGGAGGGCAAGGACGCUGAGGCCAUCUACCAGUGGCUGGAUGGGUUCCAGCUGCAGCAGUACACAUCCAACUUCAUCCAUGCAGGAUAUGACGUGCCCACCAUCAGCAGGAUGACCCCCGAGGACCUGACGGCCAUCGGAGUGACCAAACCAGGCCACAGGAAGAAGAUCUCCAUGGAGAUCGGCAAGCUGAGCAUCCCCGAGUGGCUCCCUGCUUUCACCCCUGCGGACCUGGGCGAGUGGCUCGCUGCGAUUGGACUUUCUCAAUACCAGAAGAGGUUGUGUGAAAACGGCUACGACUCCAUUACUAUCGUCAGGGACGUGACGUGGGAGGACCUGCAGGAGAUCGGCAUCACCAAACUGGGCCAUCAGAAGAAGCUGAUGUUGGCGGUAAAGAGACUCUGCGACCUGCAGCGCUCCCGUAACCAGGCCGACCCGGCUGGAGGCGGGACUCUCCGACGGAACCGCCCCGCCGCCCUGGAAACGGUGUCCAUCGAGCACACGGCAACACACAAUAUGACUGCUGACGACCGCCGCCCCUCCCCUCGCACCCCCAGGGCGCUCCUCUCCUUCCAGGACAGCCAGUUGAGCGCCGAGCUUCAGAGCGCCAUGAUGGGCAGGGCGGGGGCAGGGGCCGGCGAGGCGUUCGCCAUCAGGGGCGGGGCUUCUGCGGCGGCCAUGUCAGUCAGCCAGGAGAGCAUUAGCGUGCGCUCACGCGGCUCGGGGAACUCUGGGAACUCUCAGGAUCAGCACGCGCCUUCCGCCGGGAUGUGCAGCCGCUCGGAGGAGAGUCUGGGCAGCGGAGCGGCGGAGGAGCCCGGACGGAGCCGCCCGCAGCCCCCCGAGAUGUGGGAGCACCGCUGCGCCACCGCCAACGGGCUCCCCUGCCCCCCCCUGACGCCGCCGCUGACCCCGAGCAACACGCCUCGCUUCGCCUACCCGGCCGUCCCGGCCAAGGUGAAGCCGUUCCAGUCCCCUCAGCGACUCCGCCAGGCGCCGCACCAGCCGGCCUGCUCCGCCCCCUCUCCGUCCCCACUGCCCUCCCCCGCGCAGCAGGCCUUCAGCUACCUCCACGGCCGGGCGGGGGGCGUCCUCGCCAGGCCCCUGCCCGGCCCACACAAGAAGCGCGCGCAGAGCCUGACGCGCUGCGCUCUGUCCGACGGCGAGCCGGACGAAGGAGACGACCUCGCUGCCGGCUCCGGCCCCGCCCCCUCUGCGGCCGUGCCCUCCUACGCCACCCUGUCGCGCAGGCCGGGACGCGGCCACGCGGGCGCCUCGGGGGCCCAGCGGCACGUCAACCGCAGCCACUCGUUCGCCGCGCGGUCCCGACGCAAAGGCCCGCCCCCGGCUCCGCCCAAAAGGAUGAGUUCGGUGAGCGGCAGCCCGGUACGCCACCCGGGAAACGGGGAGGCGGAGGGGGCGCGGCUGGAGCAAGGGGCGGAGCCAGAGGGCGCAGGCAGCGUGAGGAGCAUCGCGGCCCGGCUAGAGGGGGGCAGCGGGAUGGACAUGGCGCCGGCUCACGUGCAGCUCUCGCCCAUUUUCACCCCCGUCUCCUGUCCCGGUCCUCACGUCCUGCAGCACCACAAACCCGUCCCCGCUCUGGGCCUGGGGGGCCUCAGGAGGACCGGCAGCGAGAGGACGGAAGCAGAAGCUGCCAGACUAAGAGGCCCAGAGGGAGCGAAAGACGACCCCAGGAACCGUGACGGAACGUCAAAGAGCGCCACGGCGGCGUCCCCGAGGCACGACCCCGGGGGCCGCCUCCCCUUCGCCGAAGACGGCAACCUCACCAUCAAGCAGCGGCCUGCCGCGGUCAAGACCCCGAGCAGCCUGGAGCUCCCCGAGUUCAACCUGAAGGAGUCGGACACCGUGAAGCGGCGGCACAAACCCAAAGACUCGCUGACGCCCGAGGAGGCCGCCUCCCCCAGCGCAGAGGACACGCCCCCGCCGAGCGACGCGGCCCAGAGGCCGGGCAACGUGUUCCGCAGAGCGGGCUCCCUCGGGAAAGGGCCCAAGCCCCCGGUGUCCUCCAAGCCGUCCAGUCCUCUCAAACAGGCGUCUCCCAGCGGGCGAGCCGGGGGACACGCCCCCAUUCCUCAGCUGACCAGCAUCCAGGUUCACAAAGUCUCCCCCCAGCUGGCCGGCCUCAUACACGCACAGACGUGUGCGGCCGCCAACCCGCAGCCGGCGAGGGCCAAACCAGAGAGUCCACAGAAAGCGUCCGGCUCGUCCGGCAAGGCGCCAGCGUCUGCAGCAGGUCUGAACCUCAUUUUGGUCCAGAGUGUCGCGUUCGCCGCUCCGUGCUCCCAGGCUCCGCCCCCUUCGCACAGCGCAUCGGCCCCGGCGGGGAGAGCGGCGGCGGCGACGUCGCCGGCCGGCGUGGCCGGUCUGGAGGUGCUGGCUCAGAAGAGGCUGGAGCAAACCAGUACGUCGCUGGAGGCGGCUCUCAAGGUGGUGGAGAGCGAACUGGCCCAGGGGGGCGGCGCCGACAGCGGCAGCGGCUCGGUGAAGGCAGCGGGAAACAUCCUGGACGACAUCGGCAACAUGUUCGACGACCUCGCCGACCAGCUGGACGCCAUGUGGGAGUGAGCGUCCUCCUCGCCGCUUCACCACUGGAAGACACUUUAGACUGAGGAGCACUUCACCGUGUGUGUGUGUGUGUGUGUGUGUGUGUGUGUGUGUGUGUGUGUGUGUGUGUGUGUGUGUGUGUGUGUGUGUGUGUGUGUGUGUGUGUGUGUGUGUGUGCGUGAGACUGUGUGUGUGUGUGUGUGUGUGUGUAACGAGGGUCCUCUGUAUUCACGCUAUGUGUAGAUAAUGUGUACGUGUGUAGCCUCAUAUCUUUAUACUGAGUAUAUUUAUACGUCUGUUUGUUUUCUAACACAUUGAGUUCAGCGUCUCAAUCCCCUCCAGUGUAAAUUAGCAUCACUCAUGUAUAUAUUUUUCUGUUUGUUGUCUCUAAAGCAGCAGAUUCCUGUAUUGAAUUGAUGUUAUUUUUUUGCUCAAAAUGAGGGAGGCUUGUUGGUUGGAGGCGUUCGGGUCGGGUGGAGCGGGUGGAGCCCGGCUGCUUCCACGUGGAGUCACUGUAGGCUCAAGCACAGGACGUAAGAAGGAGACGCUUUCAAAGCGCCUCCUGAAUUCAAACAGCAUUUUAGGAGCGUUCUAAAACGCUGAGCAUGCUGGGUACUUUGUUCACUUUGUACUACUGAACAAGGCGUGUAACUACAACACUGCUGGAGCAGCUGUCUGUAAGUCGAGGACAGAUUGUCAUUCAACAUCUGUGUCGAGGCCUCGCGGUGUCUGCUGGGGGAUCGGGGCUCCAGCGGGUUGUGAGAUCAGUUAUUCCGAGUCAUUAAAGUUGAUUCCCUGCUGACGUCUCCGACGUCGUACUCGAGCUUCAGUUUCGUCUGCUGAUACAUUAUGAACUCGUCAGCUCGCGGAGCCGAUGCUCCACUUCCUGUCUGUGGGCAGGUAAAAGUCACCUCCCCAAAGCGCUGCAGGCGGAACUUCUGGUAAGCGCUCGAAAUACUGACAUGUAACGUUGUCAAAACCGGUUUUAGUCCGUUUUGAUUGUUUUAUUUUGAUGUAUAAAUGUUCCCGGCAACGUUUCCAUCGAAUUCUGUUUAAUCCUGUAAAUCAUUAAAAGACCAAUUUCUAGUGAGGAAAAGUUUGUUGUGACGUCCACAUCGAGCUGUGAGCCAAUAGUUCAUUUAAGUAGUGAAGCUAAAGAUUAAGACGCUUACGAUUUGAAGACUUUACUGCAAUUACUCUAAAGCAGACGACGAUGUCACCGCGGUCACGAGGCACACAACUGUCAUAUUUAGGUGUUGAUAUUUAUCUGAUGAGAGAUUAUUAAAGGCUCUGCAAAACACGUUGAAUUUCUUUAUCAAAAUAUUGUAUAAAAAAGUGUGAAGCGCACCUUUUCUCUCAGUUCAAACCAGAUAUUUCUAGAUAGUAGUGAAAUACUACUUCCAGCGUCACAAGCGGUGACGGUUUGGAAGCGAUUGUGGUGUAAACAUUUUAAAUAAUUGAGAAUUGUUUUUCCAGAAAUGCCGAGAGAUCUCAAUAAAAUCUCCUCCUGGCUGCA